GAUUGUGAACCGUGAAGCGGGGACCGCAAUCGGACCCAGCGAUGAUCAAAAAUCUGUGAUUGGGUUUCCAAUCACCCCCCACGCGCUGAAUCUAGAGGUGAUAAGUCUCUUGCGUUGUGAGGAACUCUCAUCAUAGACGAUGCGCCGCUUUUUAUAGUGGAUGUUUGAGGCGUCCGGGAGCAACUAUUCCAUCAAGAGCAUGUCCACUGAUAUGUACCUCAACGUCGAGGGGGCUGUCAAGCAGGGCGCGAAAGUCAUUUGCUCAAACGUUCCAGACGUUUGGACUGUGAAAGCUGCUGACAUAAGACAUCCUACUAGUAUAAUAUCCCGGUAUUGAUUGUUGAUCUAAUGGAAGCGCUUAUGAUUAAUUUUAUGCACUUUUCAUUAGAAUUUUCUAUCCCGAAACGAACUUGGUUAUCGGUUUUGGUGGUAGCUCAGUACAGGGGGACACGCCGGGGAUGGUCCAGGACCCUGAGACAC